CCAGAGCUUGGAGGAGUAUGGACAGUCGCAAAUGGAUGGAUUUGGAUGGUCCCUGGGUGUAUAGUACGGCCCCCAGGAAACACCCUGAAAGUUAUCUGGGGUACAACACUCUCCCUGGGAGAAAAUCCAAAGAUAUUGUGAGAAGGCCAGCAGAUGAGAGAGGGAUGUAUGGCACAAUCCCAGGAAGGUUUGUUGAUAGAGCACCGAUGGGAGAACAAACUCCAUACAAGCUACGGUCCUUCUCUAGACUUCCCCACAGCCCUAUACUGCAGGAUUCUACAAACUGGCCCCCAUCGCUGCCACCAGGAGCAAGAGGUCCUAAACUGUUGAGAAUGGAACAAAAAAAUGAGGCAAAAGAAAGAGAGAGUGGGAAAUAUGAUGGAAGGAUAUAUGAACGAGUGAGACAUUCAGAUGAUCUAGAAAGGAAAAAACGCAAGUUGCUCAGGGAAGCAGAGGCAGAAAUAGUAAAUAUCUCAUCUGAUAAGCAUAGAAGAAAAGGAAAGCCCAUGGAAUGGGGUAUAAUAUAUGAGCAGCCUGACUAUUCACGCUACCAAAAGAUGAAAAUUACACAGUGUGAUGAUUGGGAACCUUUAUCUUUGUCAUCAAAAGCAUUGCAGGUUCAAUCCACUUCACAGAUAAAACUACCUUUAAGUAAGCCACACUUACACAAAGAAAAAGUAACAGAGACAAAGGCCCCAGAUCAAGAAAAGAGAAGGUGGUGGUUCAAGAGUCAAAAACAACAAAAAACAGUAUCUGAUGUAAUGGCUAUGGGUAAUAAUCAAGAUGAAUCUUACAAAAGAUGUGUGGAACAGUGCUCUGUACCAAACUAUAAUAUUCAUGCACUGCAAGGUUCAAAGGAAAAUCAGCCUAAACUUAGGAAAAGGAAGGGACCGCCACCUUAUGUCCCACCUCCUUCUUACAACGCACCACAUCAUACCUUCCUUAUCAGUAAAGAUGAGCAUAUUCACACUGAACAAACAUCUGCGGGUGAAAUUAUACCAUUAACUGACAAAGACAAUGGCAAACUAGGUGGAGAGAAAGUAGCAAGAUACACAGUGGAACAUCAGGUGGAUUCUAAUUUGACCUUUCCAUCUUUUAGCAAUGUAAACAGAGGACAAGAAGAGAAAAAGCAUAAAUCUGCACAGAUUUAUCAAAAGAGUAUUUGGGAUCGAACACUUCCACAGCUAUAUAGCACUUGGGGAGGAGAACGUUCUAAGUCAAACCUGAACCAAAUUUCCUCAAAUUAUGAAGAAUUCCUUGACCACAUAUAUGAAACUGUUGAUAGAGGAAGUUCUCCACUCAAUCAUAAUGUGCCUGGGGAAAAGACUUACGGAACAUUAUCCAAUACUCGACAGAUAGAACCGUCAACGAAAUACACUUUGCCAAGAAGUGGAAUCAAUGAUGUAACAAAAACUACCAAGAAAAAUAAGAUUGUUACAAACUGUAAACCUCAAAAAAUGGCACUUUUUGAUGUUUACCGCCCACCAAUCCGGUCACACGGAGUAAAAUUGCCACAUGAAUUGGGUUUUAGCUAUACUAGUGAAAAACCCCACUACACAGAUAAAAAGCUGAGGUCGGAGUAUAGAAGUUAUCACAAUCUACAAGAAGAGGACACUGUGAAAGAGAGACAAAGACCAUUAAGAGUUAUUUCUAAAGAGCGAACUGGUCAAAGUCACAUUAAUUCCUUUCCUAUGAAAGAGGAAUAUUCUCGGUAUAGCCAAACUCUGCCUUUGAAAAAAGACCCAUAUUUGCAUAUAAAAGCUGAUAUGCAGGAAAGGAUACCAACAGUUCACUCCCGCAAAAAUAGGAAUAUUAAUGAGGAUAUAGCCUUUCCAAAAUGGAGAGAACCAGGGAAAUUUAGUACAAUACCAGGCAGGGGACACAAUCAUAUUCUCUAUAGGCCACAUGAUGGCUUGCAUAGGAGUGUGAAAUAUGACCUUCCAGAUCCUUCUGAAACAAAUAAUUGGGGCACUCCUAGAAAAGGUCAGUUAAAAGAAGCUACUUCUGAGAAAACGCAGCCGCCUUUAUUGAAAGAAAAUGAGGGUAUGUUUGUCAUUGAUGCAACCUGUGUGGUUGUUAAAGCAGAGUAUAUUUUUCCACCGAGGACAGAGCAAGUUAAGUUUUUAAGUUACCCAGAGGUUUCUCCUGGUCUAAUGAAGAGGGAUAUUCAGUCUAAUAGGAAAAUAUAUUUUGGUUCCACCGAGCCAAAGCCUAACUUGAAUUAUAUAACACAUUUAUCUCCUCCAAGCCAAAAAGCUGAAUCCACAUCUGACCAUUUUAACCACCAGUCCCAUGAACGGGAUAUUCCCAAUCUGAAAGAAAGAGCAAUGCGAAUCUUGGGACUUUCUAUGGUAGAUUUGGAGUCAUUGAAUGAAGAUCACACUCUACAUAUAACAAAUAAAAUGGUAAAACAGGAAGCCGAGUUACUAAAUAAAACACUACGUGAGCAUAAUAAGAAUGGUGGACAUAAACAUAAUACAUGUACAGGAGCAUCAAACAGUAUGACUGUAGAUGUUAAGGAUUCUUCAUAUAAAUCCUUAUGCCCAGUUGAGGAGGAUGAACAUCAGCCAUCAUUUAUUGAAACGUCUUUGGAUAGUAAUUUAAUUGAAGAAAAUCGUCAAAUGGAGUCCGAGCAAAAUAUAGCAACUUGCUCCACAGAAAGUAACUGCAAGGAAACUGAUCCUGCAACCUCCAACCUUGUGCCAUAUGGUUUAGAAGCAAACAAACCAAUUGAAAUGGAGCCAUGUAGAAAAUAUGAGUCUGUACUAAAUCAAAAUGACAUUACAUUGUUUGAGAUGGAAGUGGAGACACUUCAGGAAAAGGAUAAUUGCUCAGAGUUGUUUGAAUCACCAUGCCAAGAUGAUGUUUCUGGUUGUUUGGAUCUCCAGGUGUCUAUAAAUAGACAGCCCUUGGACAAUACAAAUUCUAAUGAUUCAGUUGAAAAUAUUCUUAAAACAGUUGAAAGACCAGAACAAAAUAUCUGCGGAUUGAAAGACGUUGAUGAAAUAUUCACAAAGACGUGUGUUUUGAAUGGAAAUAACUGUGAAAAUAGUGAGAAGGUAAACCCUAAUAAAUAUGCAGAGCAUAGUAAAAAAACACCAUAUGUUACUGGAAGCCCUCAGCCAGUUAGUCCUCGCGUGAAGCAUGAUAGCCAGGUAACUAGUGAAAUGAAGAACCAUCUUUCAGAUCAGACAUAUUCUCCAAGGACUCCAGUAAAAACAUUUACAAAAAGACAUAAUUACUUUGCAAAGGAUCUUCGUGAGGCUGUCUCACGCAUAAGGCGCCACACUGCCCCUGAUUCUGACACAGAUGAAGAUUUAGAGAAGCCUUUGCCUUUGCGUGACUCUUGUUCAGAAAUGUCUGAAGACCACAUGGGUGAGGAAGGAAUUGUAUCUUGCAGCUCAGACACGUCUGACUCAGAGGUCACUGUAAUACUACGUGUAGCUGACAAAGUAGAGUUGAUAUCAGAGAUAAACACAAAUUACUCUCAAGAUUUUGCAGAAACUGAAGGUAGUUUAAAUGGCUUUAAUGUAACUAAAGAGGACACUAUGCUUUUAGAUUCGACUAAAGGAGAUUUUAGUGCUGACGAGAUUGGUAAUACGUCUGACAAUGACCUGAUCCAUGAAAAACAACAGGAAAGUAAAUGCAUGGAUCUUAAUAGUUGCAUUGAGGAGAUACUUCAAGAUCUGAACAGAACUGAAGAAGAAUUUUUCCCAUCAAGCUCUGAUUAUUGUACUACAGAUGUGACUACUGCUUCUCUGGAACAUUUAGCAGAAUAAUUGGAGAAGUCUGUCUGGCAGCAAUCAAUAACACUCUCUGGUGAUACAGGAAGUGGACUGCUUCUUCUAACCUAAUUGAGGUUGGGUGUUGAGUGAUUUUUAUUUUGGGGUGCAAUACUACAUGGGAGGAUAUCUGAUCUCAAAUGACAAAAGACAAUACCUAUAUAUUAUGAAUUAUUAAUAUUUUUAUUGGAAAUAAUUCUGUCCGCCUUAACGGGUAGA